GGCCCGUGAUUGGCUGAGACAUGGCGGAGCGCCCACAGGCUUUCAGGGCAACACUUGGGAGAGUGCGGGGAGUUUAGUGUAAAAAGUGUUAAAACUCGGUGUUUUCGGGGCUGUUUUCGCGCCGGGAGCAGCUUUAGAAUUUCAUGGAGGAUUUGGGAGGAGUUUUGAGAAGGAAAAGCGGUAAAAUGUGAAGGUUUGGUGAAGUUUCGCGGCCGUGUGUUUCUUUCUAUACGGCGCAGUGCUGGGGAACAAACAUGGCCUCUGGAGUUGGUGGAACUGUGAGAUGGAGAGCUGCUGCUGGGCUCUGGGUCUCCAGGCUUCAGUGUGUGUUCUAGACUCUGGUGAAGGAAGCUUCUGGAGGAGGAGGAGGAGAAGGGUUUGGGGCUGAAGCGAGGAGCGGCGAGACUGGAGGAGAUAUGGAUCAGAAACAGAAGGAGCUGAUGGAGGAGUGGAACCACAGGCUGGUGGAGGGAGAGCAGGUCGUGGAUAGAGGGUCUACAUACAGUGUGCUUUCUGCCAUGCCGUCAGACUCGGAGAGCAGCAGCUCCCUCAGCAGCCUCGCAUCAUCGCCCCCUCCUGCCCAUGUGGAGAAGCGCAUGGUGAGUGAGAAGCUGGACGCUGUGGUUCUGCAGUUGAGGCAGGUGACCCGCGAGAGAGAUGAUCUGCGCAAACGACUCGCCCUCUCAUCACCUGGAACCACCUUCGACGACUGCAGGCCCAGUGCAAAAUCGGCUCAUGAUUACGAGCGUCUGAAGCUGCAGUGUAUGAAGGCCAUGGCUGAUCUGCAGGCUCUACAGAACCAGCACACCCAGACCCUGAAGAAGUGCGAGGAGGCCAUGAAGGAGGCAGACUUCUACCAUACUCUGCAUGGGCGUGUGUUGGAGGAGCAGACCAGUUUGAGGGCGGAGCUUGAUGCAGUUCGGCAGGAUUACUCUCAGCUUCUCUCAGCUUCUGCACACCUGCGAUCACCUGCGGUACUGAGGGAGAGCAGCUCAUCUGAUGUAGUAAAUAAGCUGUAUGACGCUGCGAUGGAGAAGCUGGAGGCUCUGAGAAAGGAGUACGACGCUCUGCAGAAACGCUACAGCGAGAAAACGGCCUGCCAGAGCGCAGACGCAGGCCGACUGGAGCAGCUGGAGACAGAGAACCGCAGACUGCAGAAACAGCUGGAUACACUCCUCAAACAGAGAGACACCAACACACACCCACAGCAGUACCCAGUCAGGAGGAUGGAGGUAGUCCAGCAGGACCUCGGUAAGCUGAAUGCGGAGAACAGUGACCUGCAGAGGGAGGCGGAGCGUCUGCAGGCGGAGGUGACCCGCUAUAAGAGCAUCCAGCUGAGGGCGGUGCAGGACGCGGAGCGCCUGCGGGAGGAGCGCGACUCCGUACUGAACGAGUACAGGCUGAUCAUGAGUGAGAGAGAUCAGGUGAUUAAGGAGGUGGAGAGGCUGCAGACCGGGAUGGAGGCAGCCGAGGCCAAGCUGAAGAACACGUCCAGCGAGAGGCGGGUUGCUACCGAGGAGCUGGAGGCACUACGACAGGAGUUGGGUUUGGCUCUGCUGGACCGGGACCGGGCGAUGUGUGAGCGGGCGGAGCUGCUGGAGCGAUACAGUCAUGAAGUUCAGGAUAAGGCGGAGACUCAGAAGGAGCUGUCCCAGGCCUGUAAAGACAUCGAGACGGCCCGAGAGGAGCGAGACGUCGCCCGCAAGGAAAGAACAGAGGCCAUCAUACAGCGAGACCAGCUGCUGUGCGAAUACUACCAGGCCAGACAGAAGCAGGACAGUGCGACUGUGGAUAUGGAGCGAGUGUCGAAGGAGAUCGAGGUGUUGAGGAAGCAGUGUGAGGCAGUGACUCAGGAGCUGAAGGAGGCGGUGCAGGAGGCCGAGGUGGCUAAGUGCCGGAGAGACUGGGCCUUUAAAGAGAGGGACAAGAUCGUUGCUGAGAGAGAGAGCAUUCGUACGUUGUGUGAUAAUCUGAGGAGAGAGAGAGACCGGGCGGUGAGUGAUUUGGCGGACGCUCUGCGUAACCUGGACGACAUGAGGAAACGGAAGAACGAGUUAUCCCGAGAACUCAAGGAGCUGAAGGAACGUUUGGAGGAAGAACAGGAUAAGGAAGCUCGGUACCAGCAGCUGAUGGCUCACAACUCUCACGAUUCAGCCAUCGAUACAGACUCUCUGGAGUGGGAGACGGAGGUGGUGGAGUUUGAGAGGGACAGGGAGGACAUGGAUUUGAAGGCUCUGGGAUUUGAUGUGGCCGAGGGAGUGAAUGAUCCAUACUUACCAGGGGAUUGUGGGAUUUUUGUUACUAAGGUGGACAAAGGAAGUGUGGCAGAGGGCAGGUUACGGGUGAAUGAUUGGUUAUUGAAGAUAAAUGAUGUGGACUUGGUGAAUAAAGACAAGAAGCAGGUGCUGAAGGCGGUGUUAAGUGGGGGCGGAGUUAUAAACAUGGUGGUCAGAAGGAGGCGGUCUCUUGGAGGGAGAAUAAUCACACCUGUCCAUCUCAAUCUCACUGGGAAUAAAGACAGUGGAGUUGUGCUGGAGAGUGGUGUGUACGUGGCCUCCAUCACCCCUGGCAGUCCUGCAGCGAGAGAGGCGUCUCUGUGUCCUGGAGACAGACUGCUUGCUAUUAAUGGAAUAGCUGUGGAUAAUAAGACUCUGAGUGAGUGUGAGGCUCUGCUGAGGAACUGCAGAGAGGCUUUGUCUCUCUCCGUCAUGAAGUUCUUCCCUCACAGUGUGUGUGGUCUCAGUCUGAACGAAAGCGUACGAGAGUGUGAGCAUGGUUCUAAUGGGAAAGGGACCCCUCUGGAGGUGCACACCCGGAACUGCAGGAGCCAGCCACUCACCAGUGGCAGCUCAGCCCAGAGCGAUGUUUACUGCAGCCAGCGGGGAACACCACCAUGCCCCACAGAACCUUACCAUGAACUCUGCUACCAGCGGCCGGACCCCUCCAAACGCCCCCUCACCUUUCACCCCAUAGCAGCCGGUGACGGCAUCAGCGUAGAAGCGGUGCUGGAAAAGGGAAUCGCACCUCAGAAGCACAGCGGCGGCACCUGGCCGAAGGUAAUGGCGGGAGCCGUGGUAGCACCAGAGAACGCUCCGCCUCUUUCCAUCUUCAAGACCCCAAAGAAACGCAAGUCUAUUUUUGACGCGGACAUUUUUAAGCGUCCGGAAACGCCCUCGAAGCUGGAAUACGUUUCUCUAGCUCAUGCCCUAAAACACACUGGCUCCAGACCAGAGGGGGCGCUGCAGAGCCCCCCAGAGCCGCCCAAGCGCAGCGACUCUUUUAAGUUCAAACACAAACAGCAAGGAAGCUCCGCCUCCGAUUCUACCAUCACCACCAGCACGCCUCCUGCCACGCCCGGAGGGAGGGGUGAGCAGGGGGGCGAAGGAUUCGACCGGAAUGGAAACCUGCUGCAGCGACAGAACUCAGCAGAGCCUGGAAAGCCCACCCCCACAAGGUCAUGUGAUGAGGAAGUGAUGCGGCAUGGGGCGGAUGAGUUGGAAAUUAGGAAAGCCAAGUCUAAUUCGCUGCCCACGCAACGGCGUUCCCUUACACCACUACAGAUCCCAAUACCACUACAGGGGCACGAGGAGGCAUGUCCUGAUUUCUCUUCUCAGCGCUCUCAGAGACACAGCAUGGGCUUCUUUCCACCGGGACACCACCCACCCUCACCCACACAUCCUCCACACAGAGGCCUCUCUCCCUGCCCUGCUUUCACCACUGUGAUGAGGAAGCCAGUUUACACUGCCUGGAGCCACUGGGUCACUAAUAACAGCCCACCUGCACCGGGCCACCAGCACACUCACACCAGUCCUCAGCAUCAGGGUCGCCUGAGUUUGGAUCUGACCCACAAGCGUUCGGCUGAUCCGUCUGAGCAGUCAUCACGCUCCCGCAUUCACCACAACACACACUCUUUACCAUCCAGUGCCAGGCAAGGGUUGUCUCAGUAUCGGACUGAACGCAUUAAAAUCCCCUCUACGCCUCGCUACACCCGCUCUACUCAGGGUUCAGACAGAGGUUCUCAGUCUGAGGGUAGCAGUCCGAGCCUCGUGACUCCGCCUCUUUCUCCUCUCAGUUUGGACGCAGCGUCCUUUACCAGCAGCCAAUCACACGGCUCCCUCGCCACUCAGCCCAGGCUAUCUGUUAGCCCUGCACCAACUGGAGACCGGCGGAAAGAGAGACCUCAAAACCGUAACAGAUCAUACGUCAGACUGCCUCGAGCUUCACACCUGAGGUUCUCCUCUCUACGGAACCUGAGGCCCUAUAUUGAGGAGCCACGUAGCGUCACCAUUCCCAAAGGGGCGGAGCCACUGGGUAUCUCCAUUGUGGGUGGAGAGAACGGUGGGAUUUUUGUGUCGAAGGUUACAGGAGGCAGCAUUGCUCAGCGCCACCACCUGGAGUUUGGAGAUCAGCUGCUGGAGGUUAAUGGUAUAAACCUGAGGAACGCUACGGAGCAGCAGGCUCGUCUCAUUAUUGGUCAGCAGUGCGACACCAUCACUAUACUGGCCCAGUACAACCCACACAUGUACCAGCCUGGAAACCACUCUCGCAGCAGCUCCAGGAUGGAGUCUGUGAGCUCCUGCUCUACUCCUGUGGGUAGUGGUGCUGGAACUCCUGACGCUCGCUCCACCAUCGACACACUCAGCGAGCAGGACGAGGGAACCAUGACGCCCCCGUCCAAAAACACCACCCCGGCCACCAGCCCCGGCAGCUCCGUCCGGGGCUGGAGCGAGGGCGGGAGGCACGUGGAGCCGAGGCAGGUGACUGUGAGGAAAGGUCAGGUGGAUCUGGGAGUGAAGGUCUGUGGAGGAAACCUGACUGGGAUCUAUGUGGAGACUCUGGAAGAGAAGAGCCCUGCAGGGGGCGCUGACGGUCUGCAGCCUGGAGACUUCAUACUGGAGUUCUGCUCGGUCAGUAUGAGGGGCAGGACGGUGGAGGAGGCGUACGUGGAGAUGCUGAAGCCGGCGGAGACGGUUACGUUUCGAGUGCAGAGCCGCCCUGAGGACUGGAGACGCAUCAGGAACACACUGGGGGACGGGUUCUACGUCAGAGCGCUGUAUGAUCGCGUGGGCGAGUCGGAGCAGGAGCUGAGCUUUAAGAAGGAUGACAUCCUCUACGUUGACGACACACUGCCUAGCGGAAACUUCGGAUACUGGCUGGCGUGGCAGUUGGACGAGAACGCCCAAAAACUGGCACGAGGACAAGUUCCCAGCAAAUACAUGAUGGAUCAGGAGUUUCCUCGGCGCUGCAGUGUAACUGAAGGUAAAGACGAUGGUAAAACCGUGUCGGCUGCAGCUCGCCGCUCUUUCUUCAGACGGAAACUCAAACACAGACGCAGCGGCUCUCGAGAUGGAAAAGACGCCCCGGCUCCGGACUCCAUCAGUACCGACUCUAUAACCUACACUGAGGAAUGUUUAAAUCUAGCAUAUCAGCGAGUCCAGAAGGUGGAGUCGACCAAUCGUAGGCCGGUGCUGGUUCUAGGGCCACUGGUGGAACCAAUUAAAGACAUGUUGGUCAGAGAGGCUCCUGGGAAAUACUGCCGCUGCCUUCUGGAGGUGAUGAAGGCGUCUCAGCAGGCGAUAGAGCGCGGAGUGAAGGACUGUCUCUUUAUUGAUUAUAAACGCAGGAGUGGACACUUUGACGUCACUACUGUGGCCUCCAUUAAAGAAAUCAUAGAGAAGGAUUGUCACUGUUUGAUUGAAAUCGCUCCUCAUGCCAUCGAGAGACUUCACACUGUUAGCAUUUACCCCAUCGUCAUCUUCAUCCGCUACAAAAACGCAAAGCAGAUCAAGGAGCAGAAGGAUCCGGUGUAUCUGCGGGAUAAAGUGUCUCAGAAACAUUCCAAGGAGCAGUUUGAGGCAGCUCAGAAGAUGGAGCAGGAAUACAGCAAAUAUUUCACAGGUGUGGUGCAGGGUGGGCCUCUGUCCUCUAUCUGCACUCAGGUGAUGGCCAUCGUGGAGCAGGAGCAGAACGAACCCCUGUGGCUUCCUGACGCUUCUGCAUAAAACUACACUUACAGCAAGAACUACAACUCCCACAAUGCUCUACUACAGCUCUCCACUGCAAACCAUACACUACAGCACACUGCUGUAACUGCACUACAAUGCAAAACACUCCUGUACAUCACGGUUACAGUAGCAGCUCAGCUAAAGAUGCUAACAUAGCUAAUAAUGAAUACGGAUCAGUAAACACCAGUUAGCUAUGAGACGAGCUCACGGUAAUUAGUUAGCAUGUGCAAACUAAAUGGUAGACAUUCUGUGUCAUUCACUCUUAGCAACAUAAAGCAUUAUUGAUUCCACACACACUUUCUAUUGGGGGAGGAGUUAAAGGAGCAUGGAGGCUAGUGUGGGGGAAUAGCAGCACACUACUACAUCUACUACACCUGCAGUUCGUACUGUGGUAACGUUGACUUAGGACUGCUCUGAUUUCUCUUUAAUCUGCUCUUUAUUUUUGUUGUUUUGUUUAUAUUUUUAAUGUUAAUAUAGCCAAGAUUAGUGGACACUAGAUACGCUGUACUGGAUUGUUUACAGACGCUAUAUAUUUAUGAACCCGUUACGCUUUUACUUGAAUGUUUAUUUUACCCUUCUACUCCACUCGCUUCCCCUCAGGGCUGUGUCUCAAAUCACAUUCAGUUAACGGUUAAUGUUUGAGACACAGCCCGAGUUGCACCCGAUUCAUUACAGAAUUUUGGUUUGCGUCAGUUUUGUUAAUGCUAACUGUGUGGGCCAUGUCCCAAAUCAAACCUGGUUCAUUUCAAGCGGUUUGGUCGUGUCCCAAAAAAAUGCAUCUACUGCAAGGUAGCUGUUUGGACCGAAUCAUAACCCACACCCAGUUCAUUCCAAAAAAUAAAAAAUAAUAAUAAUUGGCCUGUGUCCCAAAUAGCUUCUAGCGUUACCAGUCCUAGUCAGUGUCUGGCCCACGUCCCAAAUCACAGCCCAUUCUUGAUGAAUAUACAGCUCUGGAAAAAAAUUAAGAGACCACAUAAAAAAUUAGUUUCUUUCAUUUUACCUAAUUGAAAACCUCUGGAAUAUAAUCAAGAGAAAGAUGGAUGAUCACAAGCCACCAAACCAAGCUGAACUGCUUGACUUUUUGCACCAGGAGUGCAGGGAUAAAGUUAUCCAAAAUUAGUGUGUAAGACUGGUGAAGGAGAACAUGCCAAAAUGCAUAAAAAUAUUGUGAUAAAAACCAGGAUUAUUCCACCAAAUAUUGAUUUCUGAAUGCUUAAACUUUAUGAAUAUGUACUUGUUGAGAUCUGAAAGCUCUGCAUCUUUUUUUGUUAUUUCAGCCAUUUCUCAAUUUUUGAUUGUAAAUGCUCUAAAUUACAAUAUUUUUAUUAAAAAUUUGGGAGAAACGUUGUCUGUAGUUUAUAGAAUAAAACAACAAUGUUCAUUUUUCUCAAACAUAUUCCUAUAAAUAGCAAAAUCAGAAAAAAAUAAUUUUGUGACAGAAGUGGUCUCUUAAUUUAUUUAUAUUUUUAGAGCUGUAUGUGCCGUCUCCCAAACUGCAUCAAACCAUUCAUGGUACCAAAACAAAUUACAUCUUGCAUCUUCUUAUUUUAUGGUUUCUGUUUGGGCUGUGUCCCAAAUCACUUGCACCCAUCACACCAAGCUUCAGUGUGAUUAAGGGCUCUAAACUGGGCUGGAGCUGGUUUCACAAUGUAAAUUUCUAAACCAAGGUCUACAUUGUAAAUUUUACAUUCUACAUUUUAACCCCAUUCAGUACUUAAAGUUACAGACCCCUCCCCCUUUUGCUCUUUAAAUGUAGCUAAUCAUGAUGCGUAUCUCAAACAGGUCUCAACCAAUCAGCUACACUUGGUUUAAGGUGGGAAAAUGUACAUUUUUAUGGAUUGCCAAACGUUUCCUUUAUACCUAAACAAACAAAAAAAAAAACUAAGACAAAAAAAACCAACCCAAUUUGUAGCAGUUAAUGACUAUUAUUCUAAUUAAUGUCUUUUACUUGUUGUCUUAAUUGUUUUUUCUUAUUUAAAUGAAUGAUGUACGAGGAGCAUCUUGUUCUUCUUCGCUCUGUCCUGUUUAUUAUUAUUAUUAUUAUAUUUUUUUUAUUUAUACGUUUUAUAAUCGGAGUAUUAGUCAGGUGUAUCAGUAGCAGGACUGGGUUUAGUCGGUAACGAUAAUCACUGUGGCAAAAAUACUCUCCUGUGCUUCCCGCAGGGGUCAGUUCUGCGCGUGUUAAUGUAUGCAAUAACGUAACGAUACGUAGGAUUUUCGGUACUGUACAGUCAGUCAGAGGUACGUGAGUGAAUGUUUAACACACACACAGGUAUGUAAAAUAGAUUAAUGCACUCGAGAUGCACUCAUUUCAGCAGAACCGGAUUUGAGUGGAGUGGAGAUGAUCACCAUGUUUCUGAAGCUGGAGUUGAUGAUGAGUUAAUGAUGAGUUGAUGAUGAUGGGUCUGAGUAGUUUUGACAAUCCAUUAGAGAAAUAACAUCUAGUAACCUCUAGCCUUAUCUGCUCUGAUCUGCUGUGUCGGUAACGUACACUUCUUUACCACUGCAGGAAACCUGGUGAGAUGAGAACUUUUAACGCUCUUGAAACAAUGUGAAUUUGUGACCAAAUAACAUGAAUUUAUAGCCGCUAUUUACAACCUCAAACAAAUAUAUAUAUUAAUAAUUAAUAAUACUUAUGCAUUAUUUUGAGAUACAAAUUAAUUAUAAAAAAGGAGAUCAGAGAUCAGAUUAAAAUCAUACUGAGAUCAUUUAGAGAUCAUACUGGUAUUAUUCAGAGAUCAGACAGAUCAUUCAAAGAUCAAAAAAAGCUCAAAGAUCAUUCAGAGAUCAGGAAAAGAUCAUUUGGAGAUCAGGUUGAGAUCAUUUAGAGAGAAUUCAGAGAUCAUCCAGAGAUCAGACUGAGAUCAUUCAGAGAUCAAACUGAGAUCAUUCAGAGAUCAGAAAAAGAUAAUUUGGAGAUCAGAUUGAGAUCAUUCAGAGAUAAAUCUGAGAUCAGACCAAGACCAUUCAGAGAUCGUUUAGAGAUCAAACACAUCAUUCUGAAAUCAAAGAUCAUUCAGAGAUCAGACUAAGAUCAUUUAGAGAUCAGACUGAGAACAUUCAGUGAUUAGACUGAGAUCAUUCAGAGAUUAUUCAAAUAUUAGAUUGAGGUCAGAAAUAUCAUUCAGAGAUCAGAAAAAAAAUCAGAAAAAGAUCAUACAGAGACCAGACAGAUCAGACUGAGAUCAAACAGAUGAUUCUGAGAUCA